UUGGAAAAUGGAAGACUUCAUGGAUGUGUGCGAAAAUUCAACUAGAAGUAGAACAGCGAAGGCCUUUGAAUGAAAAAAAGAAAAUCAAGGCAAUAGUCGAUAAACGUAAACCACUUUAAUGGCCGGCAUAGCCCUGAGGUUUCUACGAUCAAGCGGAAAUCUCAUUGGUCGAUUUGGAGCCUACUCCGCAAUUCUGUACUGCACGGCACACUGCAUCAGCGAGUAUGCCUUGGACUUCACUAAGUGUACAGGUCCUUCAAUGCAGCCAACCAUUGAAAAUAACGACAUAGUCCUCACUGAACACAUCAGUACUAAAUUCUUCAACAGGGUGGACAAGGGUGAUGUGGUUGUCUUGAGGUCACCCAUGGAUCCCACACAGUUCCUGUGCAAGCGAGUUGUGGGCAUGGAGUUUGACGAGGUACCAGGCAACCGAUGGAAGUUCUUACGCACAAAAAACGUUCCCAAAGGCCAUAUAUGGAUAGAGGGCGACAACUCAAGCAAUUCGACAGAUUCUAGAGAGUUUGGUCCCGUUCCGCUUGCAAUGGUCAGAGGUCGAGCUGUCUUGAGGGUAUGGCCGUGGGAACGUAGAGGCUACCUAGCGCCCCAGCCUGCCAGUAGGUGACCCUUACCCUGGUAGGUACGGUAGAGUCUUCCGUGACCUUUCAACUUUGACCUUUGACACUGUCCUCAGGGAAGUGUUUGUAUGCCCUUGUGAACUCCAAAGUGACCUCUCAUUUGUGCAAACAAAUCUUAACCCACACUUGUGGGCUUUCUGGCUACAUGGUUACUGUUUAAACACAUUUUUUAACACUUAACUGUACCCACUUUUUUUCAAAUGAUUGGAUAGACAACUUGUAUAGGUUCGUGGGUGUCUGUGACAUGUUUUAGGUACAGGACGAAAGCCUGUUAUUAUUAUUGUGAAGGAUAAAUUGUAUUAAAAAGUAAAUAGAAACUAGAAAUGUGUUUGUGGACAAACACUUGCUGUUUCGGCUGACGGCGCUUUAGUUUUCAUUUUCAUACAUGUACGUACAAAUUUUCAACCCAAUCUGACUUGCUCUUCAGAAGAUAAUUUUUUUGAUUUUUCAA